AUGUCGCAGACACUCGAAAUAGACUACGAGGCGCUCCCGGACAACUCGCCGCUGGUGUCGCAGUUGCUGGCGGGCGCCUUUGCCGGCGUGAUGGAGCACACAAUCAUGUUCCCGAUCGACUCGAUCAAGACCCGGAUGCAGACGCUCAAAAUCAAGUCCACCGACGGCAUAAUAGCUUCGUUCUCCAAGAUCAGCGCCUCCGAGGGCGCCUUUGCGCUCUGGCGGGGGGUGUCGUCUGUUGUUCUAGGCGCCGGCCCGGCCCACGCCAUCUACUACCUGGUGUUCGAGACCACGAAAACCGCCCUGUGCAACAACAAGCAUCCGUUGAUUGCCAGCGUCAGUGGUGUUGCGGCAACCAUCACGUCCGAUGCCUUGAUGACCCCCUUUGACGUGGUCAAGCAACGAAUGCAGAACAACAACAACACACACACCUUCAGGUCGAUAUACAAAACCUCCUCCCACAUCUACCGCACAGAGGGCCCCAGAGCCUUCUUUGUCAGUUACCCCACCACCUUGAUCUUGAGCAUCCCCUUUGCUGCCUUGAACUUCGGCAUCUACGAGUUCUCCUCUGACAGACUCAAUCCGGACCAGCACUACAACCCAAUCAUCCACUGUGUCAGCGGAGGCAUCUCGGGGGCCUUUGCAGCAGCCAUCACCACGCCCUUGGACUGCAUCAAGACCGUCCUCCAGACAAAGAGCAUACCGGAGGCCCACGGCUUGGUGUCUGCCGCCAGAGGACUUUACCUCCAGGGCGGGAUCCACUCCUUCACAAGGGGCCUAAAGCCCAGAGUCGUCUUCAACGUGCCGGCCACUGCCAUCAGUUGGACAGCCUACGAAAUGGCAAAAGCCUACCUACUGUAA